AUGUUUAAAGCUGGCAGAAUUGGAUUAUUAGUAAAUUCUCCAAUUAUCUAUAAAAAUAACAUUUUUCUGUUAAAUAUUAGAAGAUUACAUCUUACUCCAAAAGCAUUUCAGAAACUGGAUAACCAACUGAGAGAAUUUUAUCGUCAGAAAUUGCAAAAAGUAUCUAAUGACAGACUCGAAAGAGCUCGUUUUAAGAAUAGAACUGCUGCUUACUAUACUGCAUCUGUCAUUGUUCUUUUCUUAGCAGCGGGAUUUGCGGCAGUGCCACUUUAUAGAGCAAUUUGUCAAAGAACUGGAUACGGUGGAACACCCAUCACUGAUUCUACUAGGUUCACGCCGGAUAAGCUUAUUCCAGUUGAUACUAAUAAAAGGAUAAGAAUUCAAUUUACAUGUCAGGCAUCAGGGAUUUUGCCUUGGAAAUUUACUCCUCAACAAAGAGAAGUCUACGUUGUGCCAGGUGAAACUGCAUUGGCUUUCUAUAAAGCGAAGAAUAUGUCAAAGGAAGAUAUAAUAGGUAUGGCUACUUACUCUGUUACCCCAGAAGUAGUUGCCCCAUAUUUUAACAAGAUUCAGUGUUUCUGUUUUGAAGAACAAAGGCUUAGUGCGGGAGAAGAAGUUGACAUGCCCGUUUUCUUUUUUAUAGAUCCUGACUUCGCUAAAGAUCCACAAAUGAGGAACGUCGAGGAUGUUGUAUUGAAUUAUUCAUUUUUUAGAGCUUCCUAUAGCGAUGGUGAAUUGGCUGCUGUACCAGUUGGAAAAGUAGAAAUGAAAGCUUCAAUUCAGUAA